AUGGCAGUUGCAGUCGAACGCCCUCGCAUCUUCGAUUCGAUAGAGUCUGCGCAUCAACACGCCAUCUCAGGCUUCGGAGCUAAUGGGUUCACACACCAAAUGACUCUGAUGAAGAAUCCUGAAACGUUCUCUCUGGUCCUAGAGCACCUCAUGCAAAUCCCGCUCCUUACCUUUCGAGGCCAUACUUCGCCAUUCGCCCAUUCUCAGAUCCUGUCCAGUGAUCAGUCCGCGAGAGAAGCCCCACCUACACGCUCCGACAAACAGUAUCUUCAGCCAAAUGACGCAUUCUCAUCUACCCAACUGCAUACGAAAAUCCGACAUUUACUCUCCCAGGACGUCCAGAAAUUGACAUUCACAAAAUUCCUCUCGAAACUCCACGUCCUGAUAGCCGUGAUCUUCGCCGCCAUGUUUCAGGCUCUCCGGAGCGGGAAGCCGCCGGAAUUUCCACAACUGGGAGCAGCCGUAGAGCUCCUCUCUCUUUGGGAGAAACAUUUCAAAGCCAACCUGCCCCAACACCUCAGCACGGACCUUUCCGCGUGGCAAGCAUGGGUGAUCGCAGAGAGCUGCCGGAGGACAGUCCUCGUGCUCCCGUGGAUCUCCGGCGUUAUCGAGUACUUCCAGACGGGUUGCUGCUCGUACAGGCCAUUCGUGGAAUCCCUCCCCUUCGACGCACGCACUGGCCUGUGGGAGGCAGCGACUGAAGACGAGUGGAAUGCCGCGCUAGAGUGCCACACAGGCCCCGGACCGGGGGAGCCUGACAACGAGUCCAGCCUCGUCUCAUGGUGCGAGUUCAUCGAGGACGGCGGCGCCUCUCCCAGGCCGCGGUUUGACGGCAUGCUGCAGAGGCUGUUCCUCGUGGCAUACUACGGCGUGGAAAGCCAGCUGCCUCCAAAUCAACAGUCUUCUUUUCAUCCAAAAUUUCGCUCGUCGGUUCGGUAA